AUGGUAAUUCUAGUUUUCAAAUCAUUAUUUAAUCCUAGAAUGAGUUCUACAAAGACUUCUGAAAUCACUAUAGAUUUAGAUCCAUUCUGUUUUAAACAAUUUGAUAAAAAGGGUAUAAAUUACAUACCGUACCCUAAGGAAUCUUUCAUCGAGAAGGUUAGACAUUCUGUUAGAAACGGCUCAGUUUUGAGGGACGGAUACGCUCCGUUUUGUAAGCAUCUAAUUCUCAAAAACUUUACUGAUGCAACCUGUGGAUUUUUGGAGAUCACGGACAAAAAUUCUAGUCUACUAAGGUCAGGUUACGUUUCAAGAACCGCCAACGAGGUUCCAGUUCUCAGUAGAUGGUUUUCAAAGAGUGACGUAUUAGAAUACGUCAAAAGGGCAGAGUAUCUAGACGUGAUUCUAUACUCAAGAGAACAAGUAAUUAAGGAGUAUAAAGCAAUGCAAACCUACGAGGAUGAUUCCAAAUUCCUCCAUGAUUAUUACGUCAUUUCAAUAAAGCCUCAAGACGUGGAUCACGAACUCCCAAUGCUACCAAUAACCAUCAUGAGAAACGCACUGAUUGAUGAGGGCGGAAGCGGAGUCCCUAUUGAUAGAGAAAAGUACAUGGAGUCUGUAAAAUAUUGGUCUAAACAUGCAGUUUUAUUAGAAGAUUAA